AUGGGUCUGGCUUCCAAGUCAGGUAGGGACCAUAAGCACUCGGAGCCUGAUGAGGCGUUCAAUGAGUUAUUGAAGCCAGUAUACAAGGGCAAAGAAUUAACUGAUAAAAUUGACACUGUUGAAGAUAAAUGGAAUUUAUUACCGGCUUUUCUUAAAGUCAAAGGGUUGGUUAAACAACAUUUGGAUUCGUUCAACUACUUUGUCGACAGAGAUUUGAAAAAGAUCAUCCAGGCCAAUCAAUUGAUUUUAUCUGAUAUCGUUCCGGAUUUUUACCUUAAAUACACUGAUAUUAGAGUAGGUCACAAAAGUAAUGCCAGUCCAGAUGCCCCAAUUGAAGUGUUAUUACCACCUCAUGAAUGUCGUUUGAGAGAUAUCACUUAUUCUGCCCCAAUUUACGUCGAUGUCGAGUACACUAGAGGUAAAAAAAUCAUUAUGCAUAGAGAUUUGGAAAUUGGGAGAAUGCCAAUUAUGUUAAGAUCCAAUAAAUGUAUUUUGAACGGCAAAAGUGAAGAAGUGAUGGCCAGUCUUAAUGAGUGUCCUUUGGAUCCUGGUGGAUACUUUAUUGUUAAUGGUACAGAAAAGGUGAUUUUGGUCCAAGAACAAUUGUCGAAGAAUCGUAUUAUUGUGGAAAGUGACGAGAAAAAAAACAUUGUCCAAGCUUCCGUGACUUCUUCUACCCACGAGAGAAAAUCUAAGACUUAUGUCGUUACUAAAAACGGUAAAAUUUAUUUGAAGCAUAACUCUAUUAGUGAAGAAGUUCCUAUCGUGAUUGCUUUGAAGGCCGCAGGGAUCAUUUCUGAUUUAGAAAUUUUACAAUUGAUUUGUGGCUCUAAUCAGAAAUAUCAAGAUAUCUUUGCCAUCAAUUUCGAAGAACCACUUGUCAAACAUAAUAUCCAUACCCAAAAAGAAGCGUUAUUGUUUAUUGGUGAACGUGUGAAAACUAUUAGAAGGUUUGGUGCUCCAAAAUUAUCUAAAUUAGAAGAAGGGAUUGAAGCGGUUGCCAACACCGUGGUGGCGCAUAUCACUUGUGAAGAUGGUAAUGAUUUGAAAGAGAAAGGGUUAUACUUGGCAAUUAUGGCCAGAAGAGUGGUCAUGGCUAUCGAAAAUCCAAAAAUGGUUGAUGAUAUCGAUUAUGUUGGUAACAAGAGAUUGGAAUUAGCGGGUCAGUUGAUGUCUUUAUUGUUUGAAGAUUUGUUCAAGAAAUUCAACUCGGAAUUCAAGAUGAAUAUUGAUAAAACUUUGAAAAAACCAAAUAGAGCCAACGAAUUCGACGCAUUAUUGACGAUAAAUGUUUAUUCCAGUCAUAUCAGUCAUGGUUUAGAAAGAGCUAUCAGUACCGGGAACUGGUCGUUGAAGAGAUUUAAGAUGGAAAGAGCUGGUGUCACCCAUGUUUUGAGUAGAUUGAGUUAUAUUUCUGCCCUUGGUAUGAUGACGAGAAUUUCGUCGCAAUUCGAAAAAUCCAGAAAAGUUUCCGGUCCAAGAGCUUUGCAGCCUUCGCAAUUUGGGAUGUUGUGUACUGCCGAUACCCCUGAAGGUGAAGCUUGUGGUUUGGUUAAGAACUUGGCGUUAAUGACACAUAUUACCACCGAUGAUGAAGAAGCCCCAAUUAGACAGAUUUGUUACAACUUGGGGGUUGAGGAUAUCAGAUUUGUUGAUUUCAGUUCGAUUCAUGUCGCCAAGAGUUAUACGGUUCAUUUAAACGGUACCAUCAUCGGUUUAACCAAAUUCCCGGGCAAUUUCAUGAAACUUUUCAGAUUCCUUAGAAGAUCGGGGAAAAUCUCCCCAUUCAUUUCGGUAUUUGCCAACUCAUACCAAUCGGCAAUUCAUAUUGCCACCGACGGUGGUAGAAUUUGUAGACCAUUGAUCAUUGUGGAAAACGGGAUACUGAGAGUCAAAGAAGAGCACUUGCGGAAAUUGAAGCUUGGCGAAUGGGGAUUUGACGAUUUCUUGAAAAACGGGCUUGUGGAAUAUAUGGAUGUCAAUGAAGAAAAUGAUUCUUAUAUUGCAUUAUACGAACCUAACAUUGAAAAAACCACCACUCAUUUGGAAAUCGAACCGUUCACGGUUUUAGGGGCGGUUGCUGGUUUGAUUCCGUACCCACAUCACAACCAAUCUCCAAGAAACACUUAUCAAUGUGCUAUGGGUAAGCAAGCUAUUGGUGCUAUUGCCUAUAACCAGUUUAAGAGAAUAGACACUUUAUUGUAUUUGAUGUGUUAUCCACAACAACCGAUGGUUAAAACCAAGACUAUCGAAUUGAUCGACUACGACAAAUUGCCGGCUGGUCAAAACGCUACAGUGGCGGUCAUGUCCUACUCCGGUUAUGAUAUUGAAGAUGCCUUGGUGUUGAACAAGUCUUCAUUGGACAGAGGGUUUGGACGUUGUCAGGUUUUGAAGAAGCAUACUGAAGUGUUGAAGAAGUAUCCAAACCACACCAAAGAUAUUGUUAGUGGUAUGAAGGUCGAUGCAGAAACUGGUGAACCGAUUUGGCAGCACGAGUCCUUGGGGCCGGAUGGUCUUGGGGAAGUAGGAUUGAAAGUCGAUAGUGGUCAAGUGUAUAUCAAUAAAUGUAUCCCAGUCAAUGCUGGUGAUAGCAUGCUUGGUAACAAUCCAAAUAUGCCAAAUUACGGUAUGGGUAACCAUAGGGAAACUCCGGUUUAUUACAGAGCUCCAGAACCAAGUUACAUUGACCAGGUAAUGAUGUCUACCAGUAGUAAUGAUCAAUCCUUGAUCAAGGUUUUGUUGCGACAAACCAGAAGACCAGAAUUGGGGGACAAGUUCAGUUCUAGACACGGUCAGAAGGGGGUUUGUGGUAUUAUUGUGAAUCAAGAGGAUUUGCCAUUCAACGACAACGGUAUCUCACCGGACAUCAUCAUGAAUCCUCAUGGUUUCCCAUCUCGUAUGACUGUCGGUAAGAUGAUUGAGCUUAUUAGUGGUAAAGCUGGGGUGUUGAAUGGGUCAUUAGAAUAUGGUACCUGUUUUGGUGGUUCUAAGCUCGAAGAUAUGUCGAAGAUUUUGGUCGACAAAGGUUUUAACUACUCUGGUAAAGAUAUGUUGUACAGUGGUAUUACUGGGGAAUGUCUACAGGCGUAUAUUUUCUUUGGUCCGAUCUAUUAUCAAAAGUUGAAGCACAUGGUGUUGGACAAGAUGCAUGCCAGAGCUAGAGGUCCAAGAGCGGUGUUGACUCGUCAACCGACCGAAGGUAGAUCGAGAGAUGGUGGGUUAAGAUUGGGGGAAAUGGAAAGAGAUUGUGUUAUUGCUUAUGGGGCGUCGCAGUUGUUGUUGGAAAGAUUAAUGUUGAGUUCUGAUGCGUUUGACGUCGACGUGUGUAACCAAUGUGGGUUGAUGGGUUUCCACGGCUGGUGUAACAAUUGUAAAACUAGUGAAAAAGUCAUUGGAAUGAAGAUUCCUUAUGCUGCUAAAUUGUUGUUCCAAGAAUUGAUUUCUAUGAACAUUGCGCCAAAAUUGCGCUUGGGUGAUGUGUUUUGA